AUGUUUCUUCUCCUAGAAGCAGCCGCAGCCGCGGGGCCUGGCGAGGAGACCACGAGGGCCUCAGCCUCCCGGGGCCUGCCCGCCUGUAUUCCCGCUUCCGACCCCGAGCCCGAGCCCGAGGAGGCGCCCGGCUUAAGCCAAUUGCCCAUCGAGAUGCUCCUGGAAGUGCUGAGCUACCUGCCCGCAAGCGUGCUGCGCGGUCAAUGCCGCCACGUGUGCCGCUACUGGCGCUCCCUGGUGGACACCCGGGCCGUGUGGCUGAGCAUCUUGCCCUACAGCCACGCCAAGCUGUGGCCCGUCUUCCGCACCUGCCUGCCCCCAGACGACGACGACGACCCCAGGCCCUGCCUCCUGGGCCGCUUCUGCGAGCGCAGACCUUUAGGACGCAAUCUCUACCCGAACCCCCGUGGCAUAGACGCCUUCCUGCCUUGGAGGACAGUCAACUGUAGAAGCUGGAGAGAGGAGGAAAGCUGGGAGGAAGACCGCAGGCUAGUUCCCGAGGACUCUUUCCGGCCUUUCUACAGGUGGACUUCCCUCUUCCCCAAGGGCUGGGGUGGGCGGUGGUGGUGUUACAAGAAGCAAGUGUUGGACCUGGAGAAGGAGGGUCUAUGGCCGGAACUCCUGGAUAGUGGAAAGAUUGAGAUUUGUGUCUCUGCCUGGUGGGCAGACCAAGAAGCCUUGGUCUGUCUGUAUGAGCUAAUUGUGCGACUUCUAGAUGCCAAGCAGGCCAAGCUACAUCAUUUCUCUCCUAGUCCAAUCCAUCAAGGUAGAACCAGUAUCCCUUUUAAGACCAACCACGUGUUCUCCAACCUCAGGAAGGGCGUCCGCUUUGUGUCUCUGGAACACUGGAUUUGGGACAUGGGGUUCCUGCCUGAGGACUAUGGAAUCACUGUGCCCAAGGCCAGUGUGAUUACCAUUGGCUGGGCCACCUCAAUAAUCAACGGCUUGUAG